UUUAUCUGGAGGUGCAAUAAGUAAAUGAUAUAAGCGGCAAGUAUGAUGAAGCAGACGCAUUUGAGAACUGUUGUGUUUUUUGCAUGUUUUUGUGCGUGCUAUCUGGAAGAACAAUGCGAUGUCAAAGAUGAUAGUUGUAACAGUGCGAAGGAAAAAUCGUGUGGCUGUUCAAUUAGUCGUGAUAAAUCUAAAUAUGACGAAAAAAUAAACAAAAACGUGGACAGUGAAGACGAAGGUCUACAAAAUGAACUUUUGCAAAAAGAUGAUUUUAAGUACCCAAGGACUAAUGAAAUGGUUUUUAUUGAAGGUGGAACAUUUACUAUGGGCACAAAUAAACCAAUUUUUAUGGUAGAUGGAGAAGGUCCCGAAAGAUUGGUUAAAGUUGACCCUUUCUACCUGGACAAAUAUGAAGUUAGCAAUGGGGAGUUUGAAAUAUUUGUGACUAAGACAAAUUACAAAACAGAGGCUGAAAAGUUUGGAAAUUCCUUUAUAAUGGAUAAAUAUGUGAGUGAAGAAACAUUAAAGAAGGUAAAUCAACAGGUUGAAGCAGCCCCAUGGUGGAUACCUGUAGAUGGGUCAGACUGGAAACAUCCUGAAGGACCAGACUCUUCUAUCAAAAAUAGGAUGGAUCAUCCAGCUAUUCAUAUUUCAUGGAAUGAUGCUGUUGAAUAUUGUAAAUGGGCAGAGAAAAGACUUCCAACAGAGGCAGAGUUUGAGUAUGCAUGUAGAGGUGGUAAAAACAACAGAUUAUAUCCAUGGGGGAAUAGUGAAAAUCCCAAGAAAGAACAUUGGAUGAACAUAUGGCAUGGAGAAUUUCCCAAGGAAAAUACUGUCGAAGAUGGUUAUGAUUCAACCUGUCCAGUAACAAUGUUUCCAGACCAAAACAAAUUUGGCUUGAAAAAUAUUAUAGGGAAUGUAUGGGAAUGGACAAGUGAUUGGUGGGAAACACAGCAUACACCAGAGUUUAAAGAUAAUCCUAAAGGACCAUCAAAAGGUACAGAUAAAGUAAAGAAAGGAGGAUCUUAUAUGUGCCAUAAAUCCUACUGUUACCGAUAUAGAUGUGAAGCAAGAAGUCAGAAUACUCCAGAUAGUUCAGCAUCAAAUCUGGGAUUCAGAUGUGCAGCUAAUAUAUUACCAAAAUAUUUAAAAAAUUAAAGUCAUAAUUUUCUCAACUAGUUCACAUGAACACUAUGAACUUUUACCAUCUAUAGGUAUCUCUUAUUUAUUGUCAAUACAGUUUUGCAAAUAUUCCCAAACUCACUGAUACAUUUUAGACUGAUCAUGUGAGCCUGAAUAUGUAGGGUGUUUGUUUUCAAAUUUAUAUCUGAUGAUAUUCUGAAUUAUGAUUUUCAUUUAUAUCCAUUAUUAAGUACCGGUAAAAUAUUUUAUUUUGUAUUGUCUCAAUUGGCUGUUUCACAAUCUAAUGC